AUGUCUGGACAAUCCCCAUAUAUGCAAGCAGCUCAAUAUGGUUAUCCGAGUAAUUUUCAACAACGUGAUACUCAUUAUAAUACUAAUUCAAAUGUUGAUACAGCUAUGGUAUUAAAUCGUCGACCAUCAUUACUUGCUGGUUAUCAUCAUAAUCAUUUUACUAGUCCAGAAAGAAAUUCAUUAGCUCCAUAUGUAUUUUCAUUAGCCACACCAAUGUCAAUGGGACCACAUAUUGAUGAACAUUCAAAACGAUCACGUUAUCCAUCGACAAUACCAUUAUCAAUUGAUAUUAAAAAAGAACAACCAUUAUAUCAACCACAAACAGAAGCUAUUUCACCAAUACUUGAUGAAUCAAAAAUGGAUUCAAAUAUAAGAGAUACAACAAUUAUACGUACUUCAAUAUCAAAACUUGAAUCAGAUAUUGAAAUAACAAUGAAAAAACUUCAUCGAGCAAAACUUAGUCAAAGUGAAAUUAAAAGUCAAGCAGAUCGAUCAGCUGCUGAUGAAGAAGAAACUGAUGAUCAAGAUGAUAUAUUUAAAACGAAUGGUUCACAAACACUUAUCGAAAAAAUUCUUCAUGAUAAUAGAAAAAAAGCUGAAGAUGGUCAAAAAGUUCUAAAUCAGUUACAUAAUAAUAUUGAUUUAACACUUCCACUCUAUCAAGAACCAAGUGAUCUUGAACCAAUCGAAAAAAUUCGAACACAAUAUAUGAAUGUAAUGAAAAAUCGUUUAAUAAAUUUAUUUAAAAAAAGUCGUGAACGUUAUAUGUGUCGAACAAAAUUUGAAAGUGAAAAAUAUGAUCAAGCUUAUGAACAAUGGCAAAAAUCCAUUGAAAAAGAUGAAAAAUCAAUUUUAGCUAAGGAUAUAUCAGCAUAUCGUGAAACAUUUGAAAAAACAUUUCCAGAAUUACGUAAAGCACGUGAAGAUAAAGAAAAAAAACAAACAACAACUACAACUGAUCCAUCAUCAUCAUCAGCAUUACCAUCUACAACUGAUCAACAAACACAAUUAACUUCAAAUACAAAUCCAGUUGAACAAGAAAAUGACGAAGAAGAAGAUGAAAAAAUGCGUAGAUCAUCAGUCAUACCACCAAUAAUGUAUGAUAGUUGGCAACGUAAACAUCAAUAUUUUAAUCAAAAUGGUUUAAUUAAAACUGAUGCGGCUGCAUUUUAUAAAGAACAGAUAAAAAUGCCAUGUUGGACACGAGAAGAAAAACAAAUUUUUGUUGAAAAAUUUACUCAAUCACCUAAAAAUUUUGGUUAUAUAUCAUCAUUUCUUGAAAAUAAAACAACUGAACAAUGUGUACAGUUUUAUUAUAUGACAAAGAAAACUGAAAAUUAUAAAAAUUUAUUACGAAAACAAACACAAGCUAAUAAACGUCGUGCUAAACAAAAUCCAACAACGACAACAACAACUACAGUUACAUCAUCAACAACUAUUGAAACAACUUUAGUGACAAAAGUUACUUCAAAUACAAUUGUUUCAUCAACAUCUCAACAAAUUCUUGGAAUAGGACAAGAUAAUGAACGUUCAAUUGAUCGAAUAGAAAACGAUGAAGAACGACGUGAUAUAAAUUCCGGUGAUAUUAAUGAUGGAAAAAAUUCAAAUAAAAAUCGAUGUCAGUUAUUAUCUUGUACAGCUGACAAACCUGGUAAAAAGAAAAAUCGUAAAAAUCCUUUACGUCAAUUUCCACACAAAUGGAAUGAAUUAUCUAAAGAACAUCGAGAAGAAAUUCGUCGUUUAUUACAAAUUCCACCUGAUGUUCAACGUUGUUGUAAACGUUGUUAUGAAAAAGUAGUUGUUCAAGUACGACAACGACAUGCAAAUCAAUCCGUAGAAGAUGAUGAUGAUGAAUCAACGAUAACGGGAAAUCAAAAUUCUAAACAUGAUGAUGAAGAAUGGAAUGAAACAGAAAUUGAUGCAUUUACCCGAGCACUCGAUAAAUUUAACCAUGAUUGGACUCAAAUUGCUGAAUAUGUUCAUCGUAGUGAAGAAAGUUGCCGAGCUUUUUAUGUAAAACAACAACGUAAAAAUAUUUCACCUAUGGAUGAUCCUAAUAAUGAUGAAGAUAAUGGUAGUGUAUCUGGUUCAGAAGUUGGUCAAACAAAACAACCUCAUGAUGAUAAUGUGUUAAAAACAAUUAAUGAAGAUAGUAAUGAUUCAACUCAAGGAAUGGUUAUUGAUGAAGGUGAAGAACAAACAUUAACAAAUGAUGAAAAACCUACAAAAUCAAUUCCAUCAACAACGAAUUUUUCAACAAUAACAUCACUUGUAGAAAAGGAAAUAUCUAAAACAUUAAAUGAAACAGAAAAACGUUUAUCAAAUAAUAUGAAUUCUUCACCAGAGAGACCGAUUAAUAACAUUAACAACAAUACUAAUCAUAAUAAUUCUUCUACUCAAGCACCUCCACCACCACCACCACCAUCACUACCUCCACCGCCACCGCCAUUAGUUACUGUUAAUAAACCUCAAUCACCAGGAACACAUUAUCAAUAUCCACCUCAUUCGCAACAAAAAUUUUUACCGCAAGGUUCAAUUAUGCGUGGAACACCGAUAUCAUCAUCAACACCAACAAGUAAACCAAUUGCAAUUGAUAUAUCACCAACACAUUCUCAUCAUUAUAAUAAUCCAAGAAGUGAAUAUGCACAUCAUAAAUCACCGAAGAUUUUAGAUCGAAAUAUCGAACAACAUCAUUUACUUCAACAACAACAACAACAACAACAACAGCAGCAGCAGCAGCAACAACAUGCUGCUUACGUGCGCUAUUGUAAUCAACAAAAGCAGCAAUAUAUACAGCAGCAUCAGCAGCAACAACAGCAACAACAACAUAAGACUUCAACUAAAAUAGAACCAAGUUCAGAUACAUUCGAAACAUUAAGGGCUGAUUAUUUAACUUCAAAAUAUCUUACACCUACAACACAUUCACCAAGUCAUGAACGUCAACAUCGUUCUGGCCCUGAUCAACGUUCUCCAUCUCAGCCAUCUCCUUCAAUCAAUCAACCAUUACUUCCUCCACCUGCAACAAUUGGUCCUCCAAAUGUAUCUUCGUCUAUUCAACAAUCGCCACAUUCGCAUCAUUCUCAACAAGCCGCUUUUCUAGCUGCUUCACAAUUGCUUGCUUCGUCAGGUCUGUACUCACCAGAAUUAAUUCAAACUGGUCUCUCGCCAUACGCACCUUAUUACGGUUCACUACCAGCGAAUUCACCAUUCAUGUUUGAUUCACGCCUUAUGCAAGAAUAUGCUGCUGCUGCUAGUGCAGCUAACAACGAACAAUUAAAAGCAGAACAUCAUAAAGCAGCUAUGCGUUAUAAGAUGGCUCAUCAUCAUCAACCAUCUUCUAUGCCUAGUCAUUCUCCGCCAGAUCCAUCCUAUCCUACUCAUGCAACAAAACGACAUUCACAUGAUUUAGGUUAUCCUACAGAUGAUUAUCCAGCAUCGAUUUGGCGUACACAAAAUAUGAGUAAUCCUCAACAAAUGCAUCCGCAUAUGCAACAUAAUCCUGGAGCAAAUGAAAAUCCAUUAAUAAAACUUAAUGAGUUAUCUCGACAUUCAUCAACCCGUGCAACGGAAAGAAAUAGUCGAUCUCCAGAUGAUUAUCAUCAUCGUGUAAAUCCAUCACGAAAUACUGUCGAAAGUCCAUCAAUUCAUUUUCAACGUGUUGAAGCACAUAAUCAUCAUAAAUCAUCUCCGGAUAAAUUAAAUCCAAAUUUACAUUAUACUGAUCAUUCAUCGGAUGGAAAUCCAAUGAAUUAUAUGAGACAACCACCAAAUGUUCAUAAACCUCACACAAGUCAUCAUUCACCUCAUCGUCAUCAUCAUCAUCAACAACAACAACAACAACAACAUCAUCAACAUCAUCCUCAUCAUAAUACACCUUCAUCGAAUCGAGCAUUAGCUCCACCAUUACAAAAUUCACAAAUUUCACCUCAUCAUGCUGCUUAUUUAAUGCAUAAUCAUCAUCAUCCACCUAUGGAUACUGUAUCACCUCAACGACAACAGCAACAAUCACCUCAUCAACAUCAUCCAUCACAUUAUCCACAACAACAGCAACAACAACAGCCGCAGCAGCAGCAGCAGCAACAACCACAACAAAGAACAUCACAUCAUAAUGAACCAAUAAAAAAUGCCAAAGAAUCCAUGUCUAUUCAAGAAUUUAUGAACAAAAAUGUGAAUGAGUUUGUCAGCUCAACAAAUAAUGAUAAUAAAAUUGCUAACACAGACUCAUCAUUACAUGAACAACCUUCUAAUAAUCAAUUAACACGUACUGCACAAACCAAUAAUUCUGAUCAACCAAUUUUACUUGAUGGUGAUGAUGAUUCGAAUCCAAAUGAACAAUCAGAUUUAAUGAAUAAAUCAAAUACAGAAAGUGAAAUGCCAGAAAAACGUCGUGAUAGUUCUAUAAAAAAGAUUCUCUCUAAUCAACCAUUAGAAAAAGCGGAAUAUAUAGAAAUUAAUCAAAAAGUCCAAAACAGCGCUGCUGGAACAUCGAAAGGACAUUCAAAUAACAAUGAGCAAGCUGCUCUUGAAAGAUCGAAUAGUACAAAUACACGUACAAGGUCACGUGGUUCAAUUACAAUGCGUAUGUUAAUGGGCUCAAGUGAUAUUUAUGCUGAUGGUAAAGCUCAACCAAUGGCAACAAAUGAUGAACAAUCAAAUAAACGUCCAGCAUCUCCAAAUGAGAAAUGUGAAAAAAUUGAAUAUUUAAUUCGUGGUGAACUUGAUCGAAAAUGUCCACCAUUAGUUAAACCUGAUGAACCAGCAAAUAUAUUUCAAAAAUCAUCACCAAAUCAAUCUCAACCGAAUUCAUCCAAACGUUUACGCACAUCACCAAAUGACGAAGAACAACAUUAUCCAUCUUUUCCUACACCACAGGACUCAACAACAACACCAAAUGUACGUGAUCCGUUUGCUUUACAACCGCAAUCAAAAACUCCACAUCAUCAAUCAGCAGCAUCAACAAAUGCUGAGAAAAAUUGGCAAUCAUAUGUUCAACAACAACAAUAUCAUUUAACAAACUCACAUGCAUUACCACUUGCGUCUCGAACAUCACGUCCAACAGGUUCAAUCACACAAGGUAGUCCUAUAUCACCAUCAUUACGUUUAACACCUGAUCAACAACAAUAUUCAUCAGCAACAAAUAAUCAACUUGUUAAUCCACGUUAUAAUAUUAAUAAAAAAGAUGAACAGCAAUCUUCACCAUCGAGACAGUCAUCAACAUCACCACAUGAUCAUUCACCUAAAGCUAAAAUUCCUCGUACAUUAAAUCAGAGUCUUUCCUCAUCAUCUGAUACUCAAAAUGAAUCAUCAUUAUCAAUAAGUGGUGAUCAAUUAUCAAGUAUAAAAAGUCCUGUUAAUAAUUCAGUACCAACUAAUUCUAAUCCAAGUAAUACUCCACCAAUGGCUUCAUCACCAACAGCAUCAAAUUCAUCCAGUAGUGCACAUCCAUUAAAAAAACGUUUAAUUAGUGAAUAUGAACUUGAACAACAACGAAACUCACCUGUUGUAACUACAGAAGAAAUAUCAAAUACUUCAGAAUUGGAUAUUCCAAAAGAUGAUAAAGAAGAUGUUUCUACUGCUACAAUACCUGCUGAUGAACCAGUAGUUUCUGAACCGAUAGAAGAACCUGAAAAAUCAACGUGA